UCUCACGAUGCGUGAAUCCAUUGGCCUGAUACUAUACAGAGGCAGCAUCCAGUAAGCCACUUGUGGGAAGGACACAGCCACAGAUACUGCAAGAGUAGAGCACCAGUGAUCUGGACCAGAGCCCCAGCAGGGAUGAAUCUGUCUGAAGAGUCCUCUUACCAAGUAGAGGCACAGCUGGGUAACUUCACCAGGGCUUACACCUACCUUCACCAGAACUACACCUUGCCCCUUCCAAUGCAACCAGACAAGACCAGCACUUUAAAACCUUCAGCAUGCGAGCAGGUCCACAUUGCUGUAGAGGUCUUUCUGAUCCUGGGUAUCAUUUCCCUGAUGGAGAACAUCCUGGUCAUCACAGCCAUAGUCAAGAACAAGAACCUCCACUCACCUAUGUAUUUCUUCGUCUGCAGUCUGGCAGUAGCAGACAUGCUGGUUAGUGUGUCCAACGCCUGGGAGACCAUCAUUAUUUACCUCCUCAACAACAGACAGCUGGUGGUGGAGGAUCACUUCAUCCGGCAAAUGGACAAUGUGUUUGACUCAAUGAUUUGCAUCUCGGUUGUGGCGUCAAUGUGUAGCCUGCUGGCCAUCGCUGUGGACAGGUAUAUCACUAUCUUCUAUGCACUGAGAUACCACAACAUCAUGACAAUGAGGAGAGCCGGCUACAUUAUCGGGGGAAUCUGGUCCUUCUGCACAGGCUGCGGGAUCGUCUUCAUCAUCUACUCUGACACCACCCCUGUCAUCAUCUGCCUGGUCUCCAUGUUCUUUGCAAUGCUGCUCAUCAUGGCCUCCCUCUACUGCCAUAUGUUCAUGCUGGCACGUUCACACGUGAAGCGCAUUGCUGCCCUGCCCGGCUACAACUCCAUCCACCAGCGGGCCAGCAUGAAGGGGGCCAUCACGCUCACCAUCCUGCUGGGGAUCUUCAUUGUCUGCUGGGCCCCCUUCUUCCUCCACCUGAUCCUUAUGAUUUCAUGUCCAAGCAACCUCUACUGCGUGUGCUUCAUGUCGCACUUCAACAUGUACCUUAUCCUCAUCAUGUGUAACUCUGUGAUUGACCCGCUCAUCUAUGCUUUCAGGAGUCAGGAGAUGAGGAAAACUUUUAAGGAGAUUGUCUGUUGUUACAGCCUGAGAAACAUCUGUGCACUGACAGGUAAGUAUUAAGAGACAAAGCCUGAGAAGACCUCUGACAGAAUUUGUAGGAUGGAUUGUAGCUUGUUCAGUCCUCAAGAAGACAUGGGAAAGGUAUGUAAUUAUUACUGGUUGAUGAGGAAAGAGGACAUUUGCUAUGUGAAGGUACAACUCAUCCAGUUCCGGAUUAUGCAUUGCUUUUCUUGGACUCCCAACAGAUUGACUUGGUUUGAAAGACACACCAAAUUGUUUGAAAUGUAAGAUACAGGACGACCAAUUACUGCAUGUCCUAUGGUCCUGUGAUAAGGUCCAGGAAUUUUGGACUGGGAUACUAAAAACUUACAUGUGUUCUUUGAUUUGAGGAGGAAGGAGAGAGACUAGAGUUAACAAAAGGUUUAAUGAAACAGCUUGAUGAAAAUGAUAUGACAAAGACAAAAAGACUUAAAACAUAACACGGUAGCUGGCAGCAGACUUGAUCCUUAUUUCUCCCUGAUGGAGUCACAUCAGAUCAGUCCUGAAUAUUUCUAAAUGACAACAUUUAUUCCCUAGAGUAGAGGACGGUUCCUCAAGUGAAAACUCUUCUUAUUGGUCAAAUGUCAUCAAAAGAAAAGGUUUAAUUUCUCAAUCCAUGUGACUUAAGGCCAAACCUGCCCACAGGAUUCUACCAAAUUGGUGUUACCCAUAUUCAAACUACCUGAACACACAUUCUUUAUUCUAAUCAAUUCUGGUCCAGCAGGGGCGGCUCCCAAAGGCUGGGAUUGCCGUUACCUUUCAUGUGGGAAUAAUGAGCUGCCUCAUGUACGCUAAAUGAUAGAUAUGACCUAAUCAAUUCGUACGAGUCAGAGGAACAGAGAGG